AUGCUCACACUGGAACAAGCCACUGAACUUAAAAAUGCGAUCGCCAUGCAGAGAGAGAAAAUCGUUAACUGGUUUCGUAAUGAGGGGAACAAGGGGAACCGCAGAGCGAGGGAUGCUGCCAAGCCAGUGGAGCUCUACUCGUGGAAGUAUUACGAUGAGGAAAUCAAGCCUCUUGUCACAGCCGAGAUCGAACGCGAUGGUUUGGAAAAGCAGCAGACCUUGGCGGUCAUCAAGAGGAUGACACGUGAGGCAUUUGAGAAUGAGAGCGUGAAGGUGAAGGAUGAAAUUCAGGCUGAGAUUGAUGCACAACAUGCGGUGGAAGAUGCCAAUGCUGAGGAGGCUGAUAGUCAACCUUUGCCUCUUCAGUGCCAGCUGCUAGAUGAACACAGCACCCUCGACAAUGCACCCACGAUACUGAGAGGAUUUCUCUGUGAACUUUCAUGCAAGACCAGCUGGUGCUUCACGGUCCUCAGAGCUGGACCGGCACCACAGGAAGGGGGGGCACUUCGGACCAUCAGUGCUAACCCAAAGCCAUCGGAGAGCCUGUCAAGUGAGCGUGAGGCCGAAUUGACCUCCUCUACUGGGCUUGGUGAAAGUCCAUCAGCUGAACGUGGCAUGCGCCACUCCUCGCUUUCUUCCUCACCACAUCUUAACUCAGAAUCUCACCUCCCUGACUCUCUUAACUUCCAUUCUGAGAGCAAUCAGACAGCUGCAGAUUCCACACAUCCCUUGAAUUUCGACCAGAAUGUCACUCAAAAUCAUGCAAUCAGAUUGGGCAGCCUCCUUCCUGCAAAUGCUAGCUUCAAAUUUGAUACCGAACUGUCUGCAUCCUCCACUCAGCUGCCAUCUCAAUUGCUCACACCGGCACCUGCUGCAUCCUUCAUCUCAGCACCACCUGGAUUGUUUGUCUCAUCUCCAUCUGCAGCCUUCACAUCAGCACCAUCUGCAGGACCUACUGCUUUGAUGGUUGCUUCGGUGCCUCAGCCCUCCUCAGUUGGCCCUCCCCAGCACUCUCCGAUCGCACUGUCACUCCUUCACGAGCUCUUUGAUGGUGAGCCCAAUGCAGAUAGAGACAUCUCAGCCUGCACCACUUCUGCUCCCUCCACAUCUGAGGUCCCUCAGCCCCAACUAAAGCUGCCAUCCACGCAUUCCAAAACUCUGCAGCCUCUGCAAGUGCUCCCUCCUGUCAUGUCUGAGAUUGUGCAACCAUUGCACCCAUCACUUCCCAUCACAUCUGAGCCAGAGCAGCCUGUGGAUGUGACAUCCCCUGUCAUAUUCGAGACGCAGCCAUUCCUUCCCGCUUCAACUCCGACAACUGUUGCAGAACAAUCCACUGUGAAGAAUGUCGAGAGCGAUGGCACGGUAGAAGCUGAGAAGGGACACAGAAAGGGUAGAGUGAAGGAUAAAGAGAAUGCAGUGGAUGCUGAGGUUAAGAAGGCAUUUCAUAAGUGA